CGACCGAUCUGCCUUUUCUAGUCUAAUCUUCCAUCGUGCAGACACAACCACGUGCAUGCUCUAGCAGUUCAGUCAUCUGUCUUUAAACAUCCAGAUUCCCGUGUUUCUUUGAAACACACGACAGAAGUAACCAUGGUGAAGUUAGCAAAGGCUGCGAAUAAACAGGCUCAGAAGAAAAAAGCCCCCCCUCCCAAACAGGUGGAGGAAGAAGAGGACUCUAGCGAGGAAGACAGCAGUGAAGAGGAAGAGACUCCUCCACCCAAGGUGGCAAAGAAAGCAGCUCCAGCAAAGAAAGCUAAGCCAGCUGUUAAAAAUGGUGUUACUGCUAAAAAGGCCGAAAGUGAUGAAGAAGAAGAAGACGACGAAUCAGAAGAGUCAUCUGAGGAAGAGGCACCUCCACCUAAAAAAACGCCUGCUAAGACCGCACCUGCUAAAGUAAAAACCCCAGCUAAACCCACGCCGUCUAAGGCAGCCGCUGCAAGGGCAGAGGAGUCAGACGAAGAUGAUGAUGAUGAUGAUGACGAUGAGGAUGAUGAAUCGGAAGAAGAGGCCCCACCUCCCAAGAAAGCCGCUAAGCCAGCAGCCAAGCAGGCUGCAAAGGCUGCUAAGGGUCCUGCCAAGCCCCCAGCGAAGGCCCAGCCCGCAGAGGAGUCUUCCGACGACGAUGAAGAGGAAUCUGAGGAGGAGGCCCCACCCCCUAAGAAGGCCGCUCCUGCUAAGCCUGCUGGAAAGGGAGCCGCCAAGGCUGCUGCUAAAGAAUCCUCUGACGACGACGAUGAGGAGGAGGAUGAUGAUGAUGACGACGAAGAGGAGGAAGCUCCACCACCCAAGAAGACGCCACCAGCCAAAAAAUCGGCAAAGCCAGCAGCCAAAGCACAGCCUGCUGAAGAGUCAUCUGAGGAAGAGGAAGAUGACUCUGAAGAAGAGAUGGACACCACCCCAGCUCCAGCUGCCACAAAGGCAAAGAAGGCAGGCAUGGUGAAGGCUAAAGAGGAGUCAGAGGAGGAUGAUGAUGACGAUGAGGAGGAGGAUGAUGACGAUGAUGAUGAGGAAGAAGAAGCUCCAGUAAAACCUGCAAAGAGAAAAGCAGAGGCCAAAAAGGAGGCUCCAUCUGCCAAGAAGGCAAAGACCGACGGCGAGGCAUUCAGUUUAUUUGUUGGGAACUUGAACUCCGCCAAAGAUUACGAAGAGAUCAAGGAGUUGCUGAAUACAUUCUUCACAAAAAACAACUGUGAGGUUACAGAUGUCCGGCUUGGAAUGUCAAAGAAAUUUGGCUACGUGGACUUUGCAAGCGAGGAAGAUCUUAACAAAGCACUGGAGCUGAACGGCAAGAAAAUCAUGGGUCAGGAGAUGAGGCUGCAAAAGGCCCACAAGAAAGGAGAGGCCCAGGAUGACAAGAAAGAGAGAAGUGCUCGGACACUGUUUGUGAAAAACCUUCCUUUCUCUGCGGCGGCUGAAGACCUGAAGGAGAUAUUUGAAAGUGCAGUUGAUAUCCGGUUACCCCCAGGCACAAAUGGCCAAAACAGAGGUAUUGCCUAUAUUGAGUUCAAAGACGAGGCUGAAGCGGAGAAGAUGAUGGAAGAGGCCCAGGGCGCAGAAUUCCAGGGGAGGUCCAUUGUAGUCGACUACGUUGGAGAAAAGAGCCAGAAGGGAGGACGGACACCUGCAUCGGCAGCUAGCAGCAAAACACUGGUGGUGAAUAAUCUCUCCUUCAAUGCCACUGAGGAUGCGCUGCAGGCCACUUUUGAGAAGGCCGUCUCUAUAAGGAUUCCUCAGAGGGACGGAAGACCCAAAGGCUUUGCUUUUGUAGAGUUUGAAAGCGCAGAUGAUGCCAAAGACGCUUUGGAAAACCUCAACCACACAGAAAUCGAAGGCCGCUCAAUCCGACUGGAGUUCAGCCAGAACAGCGGCGGCAGAGAUGGAGGCAGAGGAAACUCUGGCCCAACCAAAACUCUCUUCAUCAAGGGUCUUUCCGAGGACACAACGGACCAGACUCUGAAGGACUCCUUCGACUCGGCUGUGGCAGCCAGAAUAGUUACGGACAGAGACACCGGCGCAUCAAAGUGUUUCGGUUUCGUGGACUUCGACAAUGAGAACGACUGCAAAGCAGCAAAGGAGGCCAUGGAGGACGGUGAAAUAGACGGCAGCAAAGUGACCCUCGACUACGCUAAGCCAAAGGGCGAAGGCGGCUUCCGUGGCGGCCGGGGUGGAUUCGGAGGCGGAUUUGGCGGCGGGCGAGGAGGAGGAUUCCGCGGAGGCCGUGGCGGCUUUGGUGGCCGGGGAGGCGGCGGACGAGGAGGAAGGGGUGGACGCGGAGGCGGCCGUGGUGGCUUUGGAGGUGGAAGAGGAGGUGGCGGCGGUGGAUUUGGAGGCAGACCCCAGGGGAAGAAAAUCAAGUUUGAUGACUAAAUGUUGAGCUAUUUUUUUUUUUUUAUGUUUUGAAAUGGACUCUGGCUUCAUCAGUUUUCAGAGCCUUUGGACAUUCCAGAAAACGUCAGUGAUAUUUAACUGUAAUGGGGCAUUUUAAGCCCUUUUGUCUAGACCCUCACCUACUAUACCCUCCUGUGCCGGAACGGUACUUCAGACCUUUUCAGCUUAUGUGCUACGUGUGAGAACUGAAUGUCCAAAAUGCAGACCUGCACCUCUUUUCCUCCUAAGGUUUUUCAGAAGGAGUAAAAUGGAAUAUCUGAAAAGCAAGUUUGUGUAAAACAAAGAGAACUUGUUUUGUCAGAUAUAUUGUGUAAAUUAAAACAGUUUGUAUGUUUUCAUUUUACCUUUUUGUAAAAAAGAAUUUACACUUGUAUCCAUUUUUAUUUUUUUGUGUUUACGUUAUCAGUAGUUUUAAGUUUUACUUUGAAUUUAUUCAUAUUUUCAUGGUUCAUGCUGCCGAAUGUGUCAUGGUUCUUUGUCAGGGGUCAGUAGCCGAGAAAGUAACGUUGCGGAUGCAAGGCCACUGUUAAAAAAUACGCCUAUUGACUAAUCUUGUUUCCCCAUCUCCUGGAUUUUCAUGUUAUGAAAUAAAAUCUCUUAGGGCCUGAUUUAAAAUAA